AUUCGGUGUGCAAAUCUUAAAUAAUAAUUAAAUUAUCAAUUUGUCUCAUCAUCUAAUAUCACAAUACCAUUUUUUUGAAAUCAAGUGGAGUGUGGAGUACAUUCUUUUUAUAUAUAUGGAAUUAAGCUAUAGUUUAAAAAAUGAAAUUCGAGUUAGUAUUUUUUACGACUUGUUUUUUCUUCUAUAAAUAACCUCCACAUGAACUUAACCCCUCAGCUAUUCUGCACUUUCUCUUCACUGUUUACGAUGGAAAUCAGGGAAGCCAAUGUUCGAGCGAAGGCACCUAACAAAACAGACAAGUUUGACUUAGCUACACAAAUCUGUUUGAGAAUUGCGGCGACUGCGACAGCAAUGGCCGCCGCAUGGGUGAUUUUCACUGCAAACCAAACUGUUGAAGUCCUCGGCAUGUCUUUUGAUGCUCGAUAUAGCUAUUCACCUGCUUUCAAGUUCUUCGCCUAUGCAAAUGCCAUUGCUUUUGGUUUCAGUUUGAUGUCGUUGUUCUUUCUGUUCUUUGCCCGUCAUGCCUUGACUGCUACUAUCUACUUCUUCUUCUUCCUACACGAUUUGAUGAUGAUGUCUCUGGUUCUUUCCGGUUUCGCGGCAGGGACGGCGAUCGGAAUGGUAGCACGUGACGGUAACGGCCACACUGGUUGGCUUAAAAUCUGCGACCGUUUCGAGAAAUUCUGCGACAAGGUGACCGUUUCAAUGGCACUGUCGUAUGUUGCAGUGGUUUGCUUGCUGGUGCUUACCGUUAUGUCGGCCGGCAAGUCUAGACAAAUCUAAAACGGGAUAUAAAUUUGGAGAAGAUGAGGUGAGGAUGAUAACUCAUAGUUUUGGUGGGUGAUAAUGAAAUUACUGAACUUUCAUCAUUAGUGGGUUGGCAUGCAUAUCUAUUAGGCUCAAGCGUGAAAGAAUAAGAGCGACAGAUAUUGUGGUUUAUACCAAUUAAAGUCGGGUUCUGAGGAAUAUUUGUGGGUAUGGGAUGUAAGCGGGCUGGGUUUCUGGAACAAAAUUAAGCAAAUUUUAAGUCCAAAAGUGCCGAUUUCAGUCCACUGUUGGUUUUAUCAGCUUCAAGUCCAACAAUAGUAAGUUGUUAUCACUCUUCUCUAUGGAUCCAGUCCAGAUUAAUUUUAUUUUUUAUUUUUCCUUAAGAGUUAAAUCCACUAUUUAUUUAAAGUGUAAUAUUUAGAAGUAUUAUUUAGUAGGGAGAGGUUUUGGAGAUUUUGAGAUUCCAAAUUUGAAUCCCAUCUGAAAA